UUCUGUGUCGCAGCGCAAUCACCAGAGUGGAUCGAUGGUCGCAGCAUCCGCCACGAACUGCCUCCUCCUCCUCCUCCUCUUCCUCUUCUCCUUUUUCCUCCUAACGUGCACGCCGGCUUCCUCUGGCGCCGACAUCGUCUUCCCGCUCUCCACCAGCUCCAGAUGGGUCGUCGACGGCGCGGGGCGGCGGGUGAAGCUGGCGUGCGCCAACUGGGCGGCCCACCUCGAGCCGGCGGUGGCGGAGGGGCUGAGCAAGCAGCCUCUGGACGCCAUCUCCAGGAGCGUCGCCGCCAUGGGCUUCAACUGCGUCCGCCUCACCUGGCCCCUCUUCCUCCUCACCGACCCUUCUCUCGCUUCCCUCACCGUCCGGCGCUCGCUGGACGGCCUCGGGCUCUUCGAGUCCACCGCCGGCGUCCGCGUUAACAACCCCGCCCUGCUCGAUCUCACCCUCCUCCAGGCCUUCCAGGCUGUUGUGUCAAAUCUAGCAAGCAACAAGCUGAUGGUGAUACUGGACAACCAGAUAAGCAAACCAGGUUGGUGCUGUAGUCGAUACGACGGCAAUGGAUUCUUCGGGGACAAGUACUUCGACCCAGAUGAAUGGCUGGAAGGCCUGGAGAUGAUGGCAACAAUCUUCAAUGGUUCAUCCAGUGUUGUCGGCAUGAGCUUGAGGAACGAGCUCCGAGGGCCAAAGCAAAACAUCAGCCUCUGGUACAGGUAUAUGCAAAGAGGUGCAGAGAUCGUGCAUUCGGCAAAUCCAAACAUCCUUGUCAUUCUAUCUGGUCUAGAUUAUGACAAAGACCUCAGCUUCCUGUCUCGAAACCAGGUGGAUCUGAGCUUCAAAGGAAAGCUUGUGUUUGAGUACCAUUGGUAUGGGUUCUCAGAUGGUGGCAACUGGACUGCCGACAACCCUAACCAAGUUUGCGCGAUGGUAAUUGGAAACAUCACCAGAAAAGUAGGGUUUUUGCUGGAGCAAGGCUGGCCAUUGUUCCUGUCUGAGUUUGGGGUUGAUCAAAGUGGGGCAAAUGAGGUUGAUAACAGAUUCCUCAACUGUUUCUUGAGUUAUGCAGCUGAGAAGGACAUAGAUUGGGCUAUUUGGGCAUUGCAAGGAAGUUACUAUGUGAGAGAAGGGCAAUUAGGGUUUGAUGAGACAUAUGGACUUCUGAGCUGGGACUGGUGUAAGCCCAGGAAUUCCAGCUUUGUUCAAAGACUUGCUGCCAUCCAAUAUCCAUUCCUAGGUCCUGGCCUUUCGAAAAAUUCACCAUACAAUGUCAUAUUUCAUCCAAUGACUGGCCUUUGCAUUGUGAUGAACUCUCGACUGAAGCAAAUUCAGCUGGGACAGUGUUCCGAAUCCGACGCCUGGAGCUACACAAAAAAGCUAAAACUGAUGCUGAAAGGAACCCAGUUUUGCUUGCAAGCUGAAGGUGUGGGUAAACCAGUGAAACUGGGGACAAGUUGCAAGGAUAGCAGAUCGAGAUGGGAACCAAUAUCCGACUCGAAAUUGCACAUUUCAUCCAAUCUUACAGACCAUGGUGGUGUUAUGUGUUUGGACAUCGGAGACAAAGGCGUUAUCGUGACCGAUCUCUGCAAGUGUUUAAGCUUAGAUGGAACUUGCAAUCCUGACAGCCAGUGGUUCAGUAUUGUAAGAAGCAAUAGGGAAGUAAAUGGCCUAAUCUUGAGAAAGUUUCUUCCUCAAUUCAUAGCAGUUGAGCAAGGAAAUUCCCUAGCAUGACUGUUAAUCUGUAUGAAGCAAUAAAUCUAUGCAAAAUAUUUGUAUAUAUAUCAUCAUCAUCAUUAUUUUUUUCACUUUUAAUAUUCAAUAACCCUAAUACUUCUCACUACUAGAAUAUAAUCGUUUCUCUGCUUCGUUAAUAGGAAUUUCUGUAAUCCAUUCAUUCCUAUGUUUAUCAUUCAGUUCUUGUUUCUCUAGACGUGUUGUAUGCUUAAGUGGUCAAUAAUAGAGAUACCAAGUGGACCAUGCAGCCUCUUGCCUCCAAUUCUUUGUUCGUCUUCUCGUUUUGAACCUGAGGUUGAUUGUAUAAGGUAUAACACUGCUAGUUUAAUCAUUGUUCUAGAUGAGAUCAAUAGAAUUAGAUACUUGGCACUGGUUUUAGUUGGUCAUCAACCUUUUCUUCUCAAUACAGAGCCAAAAUGUCUUAAACAAGCCAAUGCAUCAGAACAACAAAACUGCUUUAGGAUUGAGCUUCUGCUAAUGUUGUACUCUUUUGUCAGGGAAACGAUGUGCGCACUCAGUAUUGAUCAGGAACAAGCUAAAUUGGCAAGAGAACCUUUGGAGCAAAAACAAAAGGAGGAGAAUAAGAUUCAGACACAGAUUCUUCCAGCAAAGAAGUUGUACAUAGCAGAAGAUGACCCAAUCAGAUGCUAUGAUCGAUGAUCGACUUGAAAUCGUCAAACUCUUGCUUGGUUUUCGGAUCUUGAACAAAUGGACCUGAUCGAUUGUUCUCUUUUGUAAAAGAACAAGCACUUUUCCUUGUUUGAAUUCACUGAAAAGUGCAUAUUGCCUCACGAGUCAAGUGCUCUAGUUUCAUUAUAGAUCUUUCUCAUGCAUCUGCAAUCUGUGAAAUGGUUGAAAGGUUGUCACUUAACAAAAGUUCCUUUUGAUUGGGAGUUGUUCUUCUCUUUAUUGAGACAUAUUGCAUUUCCAUCAUUAUGAAGCAGUAGUUUGUUCUAUCCUCA